AACCAUAGUGCGGUCUGAAUUGCUUAUUUUUCACGAUUUUGACUGUGAAACACAUUCGACGGCCCUUGGAGAAGCAACAACACAGUGAGACCCUCUUUGCCCAGAAUCGUGUUAUUCAUCACGAAAUCAUAACGAGAACUUGCCAUUUCAAGAGUUUUAUGGUUUAGGGUUUUUUAAGAUUGCAAGAAGAUGGGUUUCAACAUUCAACCCUAUGGGAUUCAAUCCAUGCUCAAGGAAGGGCACAAACACCUUAUAGGUCUCAAUGAAGCGGUUCUCAAGAACAUCGACGCCUGCAAACAACUUUCCACUAUCACUCGAACUUCCCUUGGACCCAAUGGCAUGAAUAAGAUGGUUAUAAAUCACUUGGACAAGCUUUUUGUCACGAAUGAUGCUGCUACUAUUGUGAAUGAACUUGAAGUUCAGCAUCCUGCUGCCAAGGUUUUGGUUUUGGCUGGGAAGGCGCAACAAGAGGAAAUUGGGGAUGGAGCUAAUUUAACUAUUUCAUUUGCUGGGGAGCUCCUGCAGGGUGCAGAGGAACUUAUUAGGAUGGGUUUGCAUCCUAGUGAGAUCAUCAGUGGAUACACUAAAGCAAUCAACAAGACUGUUCAAAUAUUGGAUGAACUGGUUGAGGAUGGUUCAGAGAAUAUGGAUGUUCACGAUAAGGAGCAAGUUCUUUCUCGAAUGAAAGCAACUGUUGCUAGCAAGCAAUUUGGUCAAGAACAUACCAUAUGCUCACUUGUUGCCGAUGCAUGCAUCCAAGUGUGUCCCAAAAACCCUGCAAACUUUAACGUAGACAAUGUCCGUGUUGCAAAGCUCUUGGGAGGGGGCUUGCAUAACAGUACAGUAGUUCGAGGAAUGGUUUUGAAAAGUGAUGUUAUUGGAACUAUAAAGCAAGCAGAAAAGGCGAAGGUUGUUGUGUUUGCUGGUGGUGUUGAUACGUCUGCAACUGAAACUAAAGGGACUGUCCUCAUACAUACAGCUGAACAGCUAGAAAAUUAUUCAAAAACUGAAGAGGCUAAAGUUGAGGAGCUCAUCAAAGUAGUAGCAGAUUCUGGUGCCAAAGUGAUUGUUAGUGGAGGAUCAGUAGCAGAGAUGGCUUUGCAUUUUUGUGAGCGUUACAAACUUAUGGUUCUCAAAAUCAGCUCAAAGUUUGAACUACGUCGAUUUUGCCGAACAACUGGUUUUGUUGCUAUGCUGAAACUUGGCCAACCAAAUCCAGAUGAUCUUGGAUAUGUAGAUUCUGUUUCAGUUGAGGAAAUUGGUGGUGUUAGGGUGAUCAUUGUGAAAAAUGAAGAGGGUGGAAAUUCUGUGGCCACUGUUGUUUUACGAGGAAGUACUGAUAGUAUACUAGAUGAUCUUGAAAGAGCAGUUGAUGAUGGAGUGAACACUUACAAGGUAUUUUCCAAUGUUUUGGACAUGCUGAUUAGUUUGAAAUUGUUGAUCAUUCGGCUUGCAAAAAUGAUAGGUUGUAAGAAGCUAGCAAAUAAAUUCAACCUUAGAAUGAUUCGAGCCAUUGUGUUCCUGUAUAUUAAUGUGAAAGAUUUUUCCUUCAAGGAGACAGGGUUGGAUCAGUAUGCUAUAGCAAAAUUUGCUGAAAGUUUUGAAAUGAUUCCUAGAACUUUGGCUGAGAAUGCUGGGCUAAAUGCAAUGGAGAUCAUAUCUUCUUUAUAUGCAGAACAUGCAUCUGGAAAUGCCAAAGUUGGCAUUGAUUUGGAAGAAGGUGUUUGUAAGGAUGUCUCAACCUUGAGCAUUUGGGAUCUCCAUGUGACUAAGUUCUUUGCUCUUAAGUAUGUCGCGGAUGCUGCAUGCACUAUACUACGGGUGGACCAGGUAAUCAUUUAAAUAAUUGUUCCUAGUCAAUUCCAUAUUGCCACCUAAAUAUGUACCUCCAAAGCACAAUUUUGUUUAGGAAACAAGCUUAGAAACCCGAUUUUUUUAAUAGUUAAUAAAUAUAUUUUUGAAGGAUUAUCCAACUAAUAGUGGGCAAGCUGUAUUGAUGAUGUGGACUUUUCCCCCUUUCUUGCUGUAUCUUGUUCCAUUUAUUUUCAGGGAGAAACUUAGGAAAAUUGCAACCUGUAGUUAAGAGUAAUGUUAAUAAUAUGCAGCUUUUGUAAAUUAGCAACUAUAUUGAAGAGUAUGGGUACAUGAUUAGGGAUGGAAAAACGGGCCAGUUCGGCCCGUUUUGGCCCGUCCCGCUGUUGACCCGCCAAAAACGGGUCGGGCCGGACUGCGGCCCCGCCAAUAUAAAACGGGCUUGAGAUGCUGGCCCGCCCCGCCUAAGGACGGGCAGGCGGGUUGGCGGGCUAGCCCGCAUACAAAAAUAAAAAAAAUAAAAAAAAAGG